AUGCGCUGUGCCUUUGGCAGUGGCAGCACAAAUCCCUGCCAGCGCCAAGAGAAAAAAGUCCCUAUUCCUCCAUUACCUUCCACACUGCCACCAGCCAACCUGCUUCACAGAGACGUCCUGUGGGCCUGGUGCCAACAACUACAGCUGAGCACCAAAGGCCAGAAAUUAGAUGCAUACAAGCGGCUGUGUGAAUUUGCUUACCCUAAUCAAACGAAGAGCAUUCCCCUCACUGCAAAGGAGGCCAAGAUUCUCUCACCAUCACAAAAAAGAUCAAGGAUGGAAACAGGGGAAAUGUCUCUGGAAAAUUCCAUGAGAAAGAUCUCUUCUCAUGGAACCCAUCCUCCUGAGAUGGCUGCUUCCUCUGAGGGUGGGGUGCAGGCCCCUGUAGGGUCUGAUGCUCUGGAGGGAGUUGAAACUGUGGUUGUGACAACUUCAGCCCCAGAGGCUGUGUUUGCCUCCUGGUCCAAAAUUGCAGCCAGGGCUGGGAAGAUGGAGACGGUGGAAUCGCCACAGGACUCCUAUGGGGUCCGGUGGUGCGUGGUCCAUGGGAGAAGCUUGCCUGCAGACCCCGGGGGCUGGGUUCGCCUGCAGUUCCAUGCAGGGCAAGCCUGGGUACCUGAGAAACGGGGGAGAGUGUGUGCCCUCUUCCUACUACCUGCCUGCAAUUUUCCACCCCCACACCUAGAGGACAACAUGCUGUGCCCCAAAUGUGUACGGAGGAAUAAGGUGUUAAUGAAAAGCCUCCAAUGA